GCGGAGGAGGAGCCCAGCGGAGAGUCACAGUCUGUAGAAAUGUAGAAUUUAACCAUUGGUUUCGCCUCGGAAAAACGUUUUAUCACACCGGACAAAAAUUAGACAUCUGUGAAAUUGUGAAAAUACAUUUCAUGAUGCAACCCGCGACUGAAAAGUGAUUUAAAACGUCCCUUUUGCACUUUCCCAAGGGUUUCGUUGGGAACGUUGCUUGACCAAAUCACAGAGCAACAUACCGAUUGCAGAGGUCACAAAUACGGCUAGCUAGUGGUUUUAUUUGGAGUCUUCAAAUGCCAAGUAUCCGGUUUUAUCCAGCCUAUGACUUGCUCACUUGACGCAUCUUAACCACAUCCAUAUGGCUCUAGGUUGGAUGUGGGAAAUAAGAAAUCUGUGCUGCUAGCUAACAUUUCACAGCUGUUGCCAGCGAGUGUAACGGCCGGAAAGGACGCGCGGUCCCCCGUCCACAGGAUAACCGAACUGCCGGUAAUUUCUAAACACUUUAAGGAGAAAGUUUACACCGAAGCGUUAUUAUCGGGUUUUUGGACGGUUAUCCGACGACCAUGCCCUCGUCUAAAUAGCCUUGGUGGAGGUCGAGGAUGGCCGCAGACGUGGAUAAAAGAAUCCCCGAGGAUGAGAGCAAAAUUUCGCCGCAGGAGAGGCACCAGAGACCGGGCUCUGGAUCCUGGAUCUACCGGGGGAUGUGGACCCUGCUGAUAGUCGGUGCUGUCCCUCUUCUCGCUUUCGGGAUCAAGUAUUACCAAGAUGCCCAGCUCGUCAAACGACACGAGGAGAGUGUUCGGACUCUGGGUGCCGAGGGGCUUUUUCUCUUCUCCUCCUUAGACACCGACCACGACCUCUAUCUCAGCCCGGAGGAGUUUAAACCCAUUGCAGAGAAACUCACAGGGAUUACACCCCCUGUGGACAUUGAAGAGGAAGUAAUCCAUGACCCCAAUGGAGAGACUUUGACCUUGGAGGCCACAAUGCAGCCUCUGCUGCUCGACUCUAUGACUAAGAGCAAGGAUGGUUUCCUUGGGGUUUCUCACAGCUCUCUGAGUGGGCUGAGGUCUUGGAAAACCCCAGCAGUGCCUUCAUCCACCUUCUCUGCCAGCCAGUUCAGGGUCUUCUUGCCCCCAAAGAACAAGGUCGAAGUGGGAGACACGUGGUGGGUGAUUCCCAGCGAGCUCAACAUCUUUACUGGAUACCUGCCCAACAAUCGUUAUCAUCCUCCCACACCAAAAGGCAAAGAGGUACUCAUCCACUCCUUGCUGAGUAUGUUCCACCCUCGUCCCUUCAUCAAAUCACGUUUUGCUCCUCAGGGCACAGUCGCCUGCAUCCGUGCCAGCAACGACUUUUAUUAUGACAUCGUCUUCAGGAUUCAUGCAGAGUUCCAGCUCAACGAUGUUCCAGACUUUCCCUUCUGGUUCACCCCGGGCCAGUUCACUGGUAACAUCAUCCUCUCCAAGGACGCUUCUCAUGUCCGCCGCUUCCACCUCUAUGUCCCUAAUGACAGGUCUCUGAAUGUGGACAUGGAGUGGCUGUACGGGGCCAGUGAGAGCAGCAACAUGGAGGUGGACAUCGGAUACCUGCCGCAGUUAGAGCUGCAGUCCACUGGCCCGUCCACUCCGUCCAUCAUCAUGGACGAGGAGGGCAACAUCAUCGACAGUCAGGACGGCGACGGUGAGCCGAUCCAGUUUGUCUUUGAGGACAUCCACUGGACCUCAGAGAUCAGUCAGCAAGAGGCCACUCGACGCCUGGAGGUCACCCUCUACCCCUUCAAGAAGGUGUCCUACCUGCCUUUUUCAGAGGCCUUUGAGCGAGCUGAAGCAGAGAAGAAGCUGGUGCAUUCCAUUCUGCUUUGGGGAGCAUUAGACGACCAGUCCUGCUGAGGUUCGGGGCGAACUCUCCGGGAGACAGUCCUGGAAAGUUCGCCCGUCCUGGCCCUGCUCAACCAAAGCUUCAUCAGCAGCUGGUCUCUGGUCAAAGAGCUGGAGAACAUGCAGGCUGAUGAGCAGAACCCUGUGUUGAGUGAAAAGGCCCGCUUACAUCUGGAGAAGUACAAUUUCCCUGUGGAGAUGAUGGUGGCACUGCCUAAUGGAACCAUUGUCCACCAUAUCAAUGCCAACUUCUUCCUGGACCAGACAGCCAUGAAACCAGAGGAGGAAGGAGCAACUUUCAGCUUCUCUGCUGGGUUUGAGGACCCCUCCACAUCCACUUACAUCAGCUUCCUGAAAGAGGGGUUGGAGAAAGCCAAGGAGUACCUGGCACAGUAGUGUGUGUGUGUGUAUGUGUGUAUGUGUGUAUGUGUGUGUGUAUGUGUGUAUGUGUGUGUGUGGUGGAGCUUGAAUGGCUAAACUGGAGGAAAUGAUCAUUGUUCCUCUGGGUAAUGAUCCAAGAUAAAGAAAACCCUCCAGCAAUUAUGUAGAGAAGCUUUCUCAUCAGUGUCGGCAGCUGGGAAACGUUUUUGCCUUCUAUCCUAUUUGUUACUAUUUAUUUGGGCGUCUCUCCUGGUCAGAAAUGAAGUUUUCUACGCAGUAUUUGUAUGGUAACAGUACAUACUGUCUACUGUUCUGUUACUGUCAAUAUAGUACAUUUUAAUGAAAUACAAAGGCCUUGCACUGAGCAGUAGCAAAUACGUAAACACAUUUAGACCUGCUCUCUCUGCUUGUAGCUGCUAAUUAAUGUAGACAGAGCCCUGCCAAGUCAUUGUUGAAUGCGAGUGCCCAUGCCAUCCUAAAGACAAAUCAUAAGUGCAUCACAACACAAUGUAACCUUUGACAUUUCUCCUUUUAUAUUCUGGUGUUGCAUGUGCAAUAUUUAAUGACUGAGUGUGUUUUCCUGCUGCUGGAUGUACCCAGAGACAGAGCUGGUGCAGUUUGUUGCCUCCAGCUGUGUUUCAGCAGUUUGUGAAGACUUUGCCUGAAAGCUCUCUGCGGGCCGGGCAACGCCUGAUGUUCUUGCUGAGGCUUUCUGGAGGGAACACCCUUCUCUGUCUCAGGGGACGAACGCAGCAGGAAAAAAAAAAAAAAAAGAAAACUGGACUGUGGCACAUAAAAUGAUUAAUUCAGUUGUUUUCUUGUAGUUUUUGAGUUUGAAACCAAAUGUUGAAAUAUUUUGCAGAUUUUCUGUUUAGAGGAAGAUGUGACCACACCAAAGAACAUUGUUUUUAAAAUGUACAGUAGCUGGCUUACAGCUGCUGAGCACAAAGAAAUUCAAUAGGUUGCUGGCCCACUUGGUUCAUAUUUAUGUAACUCAAUGGAACCAAAUGGUUGUUAUCUUUGCUAAAUUGUUUGAUCCUUGAACUGAAAGGCACAUGAUACCGUAUACUGUUAUUCUCUUUCAGGCUCCAGUCAAAAUAAUGUAUUUGCUUGUGUGUUGAGCUACACAAAGAGGAAAUUCUUGAUAUUUUAAGGGGAAAAAAGAAAAGAGUCCUCUUCAAGUCCUAAUUUCUGUUUUUAGUGUGAAACAAGAACCCAGGGAUCAAGAAAACUCAUCUGAAUUAGUAACAGUGAAUUUUGAUAAAUGAGAAUAACAUUAAGUUGGAAAAUGACAAGAUUCUGUCAAUAUGAAAUAUCUGACAGUUUGGAGCCUUUAGGGGGAAAACACUUAUUCUGUAACCUACCAGUGCCAUUUUUUUUACAAGGUGAAAUAAAAGUCUUUUGGGGUU